AUGAGAUUGACUACCGAAAACAUCAACCAGCGCGUCGUCGCCGCCAAGUAUGCCGUCCGUGGCGAACUUGCUGUCAAGUCCGAGGAGUACCGGGCCAAGAUCGCAAAGGGCGAUACCGGCGACCUUCCUUUCAACGAGGUCAUUUCUGCCAACAUUGGCAACCCUCAACAGCUCGACCAGAAGCCCAUCACCUUCUUCCGACAGGUCGCCAGUCUUCUCGAGAACCCUAUCCUGCUCGAGAACGAGGAGGCCCUUACCAAGCACUUUGGCUACCAGACCGAUGUCAUUGAGCGUGCCAAGUUCCUCCUGAGCAAGAUUGGCUCUGUCGGCGCCUACAGCGCCAGCACUGGAGUUCCUGCUAUCCGUGAAAGCAUCGCACAGUUUAUUGAGCGCCGCGAUGGCUUCCCUGCUGACCCCGAGCACAUUUACCUGUCCGCUGGUGCCUCUUCCGGUGUCAACACUCUCCUUAACGUUAUCUGCGCCUCUCCUAAGACCGGAAUCCUCAUUCCCAUUCCUCAGUACCCUCUUUACACCGCCACCCUGUCUCUCCUUGACGCCACUGCUGUUCCCUACCUGCUCGACGAGUCAAGGAACUGGGGUACUGAUGUCGAUACCAUCCGCGCCUCUUACGAGAGGGCCAAGGCCGACGGCGUUGAUGUUCGCUGCAUCGUCAUCAUCAACCCCGGUAACCCCACCGGUGCUUCUCUCCCUGAGGAGGACAUCCGUGCCGUCCUCGAGUUUGCCAACGAGGAGAACCUAGUCGUUAUGGCUGAUGAGGUUUACCAGACAAACGUCUUUGUCGGCAAGUUCCACAGCUUCAAGCAGGUCCUAUGCUCACUCCAGAAGGAGCACCCCGGCAAGUUUGACGGCCUUGAGCUCGCCUCUCUUCACAGUGUCUCCAAGGGUAUGGUUGGCGAGUGUGGUCACCGUGGUGGUUACUUCGAGCUUGUCAACUUUGACGCCGAUGUCGAGGCCAACAUCUACAAGUUCAUCUCCAUCAUGCUCUGCGCCCCCGUCAUCGGUCAGUGCAUCGUCGAGUUGAUGGUCAACCCUCCCAAGCAGGGUCAGCCCUCAUACGAGCUUUACAAGAAGGAGUACGACGGUAUCUUCACUGGUCUUCAAGAGCGCGCUACCGCCCUGCACAAGGCUUUCUCUCAGAUGGAGGGAGUCGAGUGCGCCGAGCCCCAAGGUUCCAUGUACCUCUUCCCUACCAUCAACCUUCCUGCAAAGGCCGCCGAGGCUGCCAAGGCAGAGGGCCGAAGCGCCGAUGAGUUCUACUGCAUGCGCCUCCUCGAGGCCACCGGUAUCUGCGUCGUCCCUGGAUCCGGUUUCGGUCAGAAGGAGAAUACCCUCCACUUCCGCACAACCUUCCUCGCUCCCGGUACCGAGUGGGUUGGCCGCAUCGUCAAGUUCCACAACGAGUUUCUUGACAAGUACCGAUGA